AUGACAAGUAGUUGCGGAUGACAUGACGCUCUUCUCGUGUGUUGUUUAUUGGUGAAGAGUUUCUCAAAAUAUGACAAAAAUAUUGCUUUUAUGAUAACUUAUCAGUGGCUAUUAUUUAGUAUUAACAAUAUUUUCAUAUAAACAAUUUAAGAAAUAUCCAAAAUGUCCGAGGAAGUGAUAAAACACUCUGUCCACACAUUGGUGUUCAGAUCUUUGAAACGAUCUCAUGAUAUGUUUCUAUCCAACCAAGGACUGUUGCCGCCAAUUGAUGAAAAAGCAGAAAAGAUUCUCAAAGGAGUGAAAGCUCGUGACAGUUAUGGACAGGUGAUGGACACAGUACAGCUUGCUCAAGCUGUCAAACAGCAGGAUAUGAGGAUGCAGACUGAUAUCACUACUGAUAAUGGAGAAUUAGCAGAGACAGCAGCACUUGGAUCAGAAGGAGCCCUAGUUCCCUUCACUGGUCCCACACCCACGGCAGCCGCACCUUCAGGAGCUCUCGCCGUGCCUAGAAAACCUCCAGCGAUGCCCAAACCCAAGUGGCAUGCACCAUGGAAACUAUUCCGAGUUAUCUCUGGACAUUUGGGUUGGGUGCGCUGUGUGGCUGUUGAACCUGGCAAUGAAUGGUUUGCUACAGGCGCUGCAGACAGAGUUAUAAAGAUCUGGGACUUGGCGAGCGGCAAGUUAAAAGUAUCGCUCACUGGACACGUCAGCACCGUACGAGGUUUAGAAGUAUCUUCAAGACACCCAUACUUGUUCAGUUGUGGUGAAGAUAGACAAGUCAAAUGCUGGGAUUUGGAAUACAAUAAGGUCAUUCGUCAUUACCACGGACAUCUAUCAGCUGUAUACACGAUAUCCCUUCACCCAACUAUCGAUGUACUAGUUACUGCGGGACGGGACGCCACAGCCCGGGUCUGGGAUAUGAGGACUAAGGCUAAUGUACACACCCUCACUGGACAUACUGACACCAUUGCAUCGCUGGCGUGCCAAGCUGCAGAGCCUCAGAUUAUAACCGGCUCCCACGACUCAACGAUUCGUCUCUGGGAUUUAGCAGCUGGAAAAUCGAUGUGCACACUAACAAAUCAUAAGAAGUCAGUGCGUUCCAUAGUCAUACACCCAACGCUGUACACAUUUGCAUCCGCUUCCCCGGACAAUAUCAAACAAUGGAAGUGUCCGGAGGGCAAGUUCAUACAGAAUUUGUCUGGUCAUAAUGCCAUUGUGAACUGUAUGGCUGUCAACCCUGAAGGUGUAUUAGUCAGUGGGGGGGACAACGGAACUAUGUACUUCUGGGAUUGGAGGACUGGAUACAAUUUCCAGAGGUUGCAGGCCGCCGUACAACCAGGCUCAAUGGAUUCAGAAGCCGGUAUCUUCGCGAUGACCUUCGACAACUCGGGUUCCCGUCUCAUCACCACGGAGGCUGACAAGACUAUCAAGAUAUACCGAGAGGACGACACAGCCUCCGAGGAGACGCAUCCCAUCAACUGGAGACCAGAGAUAUUGAAGAGGAGAAAGUUCUAGAUAGAUUUUAUAAUACUAGUAAUUAAUAAAAGGAUUUUUGGCGCAGCG